AUGAGUUCGGAAGAAGUUGCUCAGCAUUACAACAAUGUCAAACAAACUGGAAUUGAUGAUCGGAAGGAAAGUCGCAUUUUUCAUAUGAGAAACAUGAACAAUUGGAUCAAAUCACAGCUAAUAAGUAGGUUGUAUUUUAGAAUUUUAGUACAAUUUAUUGUUUUGUAGAUGAAGCUGUACAAAUUUUGAAUUCAUCAGGAAUUUAUCGGCCAAGAGUUUUAGAUAUUGCUUGUGGAAAAGGUGGAGAUUUGAGAAAAUGGGAUAUUGCCAAAGUGAAAAAUGUUGUUAUGGCAGGUAAACUGAAGGUUUGAAAAUUUAUAACGAAAAAAAAAUUGUUUUUGUCUAGAUGUUGCUGAUGUUUCGAUUGAUCAAGCAAAAGAUCGAUAUGAAAAAAUGAAAGAUUAUCGACAUAAUUUAUUCGAUGCUCAAUUCAUUGUUUCCGAUUGCACUAAAAGUGAUUUAAGCGAAUUAAUCGAAGACAAAACUCCAUUUGAUUUGACAAGUUGCCAGUUUGCAUUGCAUUAUUCAUUUGUCGAUGAGCAAUCAGCUCGUCAAUUUUUGAAGAAUGCUGUUGGAUCUUUGAAACCUGGUGGUGUUUUUGUUGGAACUUUGCCUGAUGCUGAUAGGAUUGUGUAAGUUAUCUCAAUUUUGCCAGGAAUAGUAGAAUAUGUCACCAACUAGUAAUAAAAAUAAAUCGGCAUUGGCCUGUUAUGAACUGGAAAAAAUUGCCGUAAUGCAAAACGCAUUUGAAUGGAGCUUUUUUGAAAUCUUUUUCAAAAUUAGAAAUGUUCGAAACGUUUUUAAUAAAACGUAGUUUCUUUAUUUUGUUAGAAAAAUAUUUUUAUAUUUAACGUGAUUUUAUACGUGUAAAUAUUAUUGCUAUUGGAUAAGUAUUAUAACUUUCAUGUUGCAUUCUGGUAUUUUUCACUUUAAAACUUCAAAAAUGCAACAUUUUUGCCAAUUUAUCUUAUUCCAAGAUUCACCCCCAAUUUAUAUUUAUUGAAUAUUUAUAGAUGGGCAGUUCGAAAUUCAGAAAAUGGCGAGUUUGCUAACGAAGUCUGCAAAAUCCGUUAUGAAAAUGUCGACGAACUUGCUGAAGGAAAAACUCCACUUUUUGGCGCAAAGUUUCAUUUUUCACUCGAUUCUCAAGUUAAUUGUCCAGAGUUUUUGGCAUAUUUUCCACUUUUACAGCAGUAAGUUCUCGAUAUUUUAUUUAAUUAUGGGUUCAUCUGAUCGAUUUUUUCAGUUUACUCGAGGAAUUUGACAUGGAAUUGCUUUUUGUUCGAAAUUUUGCCGAUUAUGUUGAACGAUGGAAGAUUGCGGGAAAAAAUUUACUCGAAAAAAUGAAGGUAUGUGGGAGAUAUUUGAGAAAACUCGAAUUGAUUUCUAAAAAUUAACUUGAGAAAACAAUUUGAACUUAAAAAUUGGCCUAAAUUUUUCCUAUAAUUUUUACUGAAAUUACAGAAAAAACAAGAGUUAGAUUCAAACAUGUUACAAGGGGAAAUUUGUAAGGAAAUUAAAACUGUGAAUCUUCUAAAUCGAAAAAAUGGCAGAUAAAAUGUCGUGUUCAAAUCAAAAUAAUAUCACUAAUGUUGUUUUUUUUUGCAGGGUCUCGAAACGUAUCCAUCUGAUCGUUUGAGCACAAAUGGUGAAAACGAAUAUACAGAAGCAAAACAAUUCUUGGAAAAACUCGACGAAAGUCAACAAAAAACUUUUGGAACAAUUUCAAAAUCCGAAUGGGAAGCUAUUUGUAUGUAUUUGGUAUUCGCAUUCCGCAAAAAAGGAUCUCCACCAGAAUCGGAAGAAUCAGACUCGAAAAAACCAAAAAACUAG